GUCGUGGAAUUUGAUCGCAUCAUUGAUGUGCUACGAAUUCUGCGCUGUCCUUUCUUGGCAGGGACUCUCCGUGUUCUCCUCCUCUUCUAUCUCCACUGGCGGCGCAUUCCGUCACAUCUCCCCUCCUCUCACUCCUUGCAACUCGAAAUAGAAGAUGCCGUCGCCGCUGCGCGAGGCUGAGGGCAGCAGCGACCUCCAGCUGCUGCAUCGCGUGAUCCGCUACAUGACGGGCGUCGCCGCCGCGUCGUUCUUCACACAAGUGCAUGUCAUUGGUGGUGAGAAUGUGCCUCGAGAGGGGCCGAUCAUCGUGACAGCGACGCACCAUAACAUGAUGCUUGAUCCAGUCAUACUAUCCUACACCUUCCCCUACGCGCGUAUCCUCAACUACUGGUCGAAGGCCUCGCUGUUCCUCAAUCCCAUCGCGGCCUGGGUGCUCUACUCGUCCGGCAACAUCCCCGUCGACCGGCGCUCGAAGGAUCGGCGCGUGCUGCUGCGCGGGACGAUCGAGGCGCUCGAGAAGGGCUGGGCCGUGGCGCUGUUCCCCGAGGGCACGAGCUACACCGAGCCCCGCAUCAUGCAGGUGAAGGACGGCGCGGCGUGGGCUGCGCUCGAGUACGCGCGCAUGGCGAAGGAGAAGCGCGAGCGGGGCGAGGGCUCGGGGCAGCAGGUCAAGAUCGUGCCCGCGGCGAUCGUGUACACAGACAAGACGAAGUACCGGAGCAAUGUGGUGGUCGAGUACAGCCCGGCGAUCAGCAUGGAGCCGUUUCUAGAACAGUUCUGCUCGGAUGAGGAGGGCGCCGCGAAAGCUGCUGUGAAACGACUCACGCGCGCAGUGGAGGCGUCGCUGGUCAGUACGACGAUCAAUGGCCCCGACUGGGACACGUUGUAUGUGGCGCGAAUGGCGAGGGAUAUCAUGUGGGAGGACGGCAUCAACCUCGAUGACUGGGUGGCUGUUUCUCAGACACUGGUCGAUCUCUUUGCGACGCCGGAUGCCACGUCCAACAUGCAAUCGGUCAAGCGGACAUUGCUCGAGUAUUACUCUCUCCUCCAGUCAACGAACCUGACCAACUCGGUGCUGUCAAGUCUGCCGCUUCCACGAACCCUGGAUCCAAAUACACCUACACCGCUGCCGGGUCGGAUACGAACUCUGCUGAUCCUGGUUCGGGAGACGGUGACUGUGCUGAUCCAGCUGCCGUUUUUCCUGUUCCCGUUGGUCGUGUACAUGCCCGUGUACUUCAUGGGCCGACUCGGAGCGCAGAUGGUCGAAGACGAGGAAGAGACGCAAGCACAGAACAAACUUGUGUUUGGAAUGCUCUCGAUGGUGCUGAUCUACCCGACUGCGUUUUUCUUCCUCUGGGCAUUCUUCACGUAUACGCGCACGGGUGCAUUGAUCGCAGCUGCGACAUUGUGGCUAUUUGCCAAGUACCACGACUCGAUGAUCAAUGCCAACUAUCAGAAGGCCAAGCGCCUUCUCGCGACAUGGCGCGUGAUCACCGCUCUGUGGGGGCCCAAACGCUGGGACCUGUCGCUCGCGGCACUGACGCCCUACAUGACUCCCGUAUUCCCUAAAGAGAGCGACUACGUGACGAAACCGCGUACCCCGGUCCCCGGCUCGCCGGCCGUGACGCCGAUCGUCCUUCCGCCGGAGCCCCAGAUCGGGAACAAGGCCGAGCCGCGCGUGCAGACGCGUCCGAAACGGCGCCGCCCGUCGUCCCGGCGCAUCAUGCGGCACGUGCUGCGCGCGCGGGUCGAGGCGGUGAAGGCGCUGGCGAUGUUCUUUGAGCAGCUGCGGGCGGAGAAGGACAAGAAGGUGGCGGCGAGUGUGUUCCUGGCGGAGACGUACGGCGGCGCGGUUGCGGAUGACCAGGGUGGUUGGAGGUAUGCCAGCGAGGUGGUGCAGUUCUUGACACGGCGGGGUGCCAAGAUUCCGCAGAUCAAGGGUGUUAGGAUCGACGGCGACUGGGCUGCGCUGACGAGUGAUGUCGACUCUGAUGCCAAUUGAGCUUGUGCUGGUGUUUGUUUUUGUUUCACUUAAUGUAGUUGCUUCGCCUGGUAAUUGCAAUCAUAAUUCCGUUGAACGAGCCAGGAA